UCCGCGAGCGGGAGCGCGCACCUAGAUUGUAGAGCAGCUCGAGAGCAGUCUAUAAUGGCUGCCAGAAAAUCGAAAGCGCGAGAGAAAAGGCUUAAAUAAAUCAACCAGGACACUAACAGAGCUGCAUCUGAUGGUGUGAGGAUGGUGAGCAGUCAGCCCAAGUAUGAGCUGGUUCAGGAGGUGGGGCGAGGAAGCUAUGGUCUCGUUUAUGAGGCUGUAGUAAAGAAGACUGGGGCUCGAGUUGCUGUCAAAAAGAUAAGGUGCCAUGCUCCAGAAAAUGUGGAACUUGCACUCCGGGAGUUCUGGGCUUUGAGCAGUAUCCAGAGUCAGCAUCCAAAUGUCAUUCAUUUGGAGGAGUGCAUAUUACAGAAGGAUGGCAUGGUGCAGAAAAUGACACAUGGAUCCACUUCAUCUCUUUAUUUAGAGUUGGUGGAAACAUCAUUAAAAGGUGAAAUUGCUUUUGACCCCAGAAGUUCAUAUUAUUUGUGGUUUGUGAUGGAUUUCUGUGACGGAGGAGAUAUGAAUGCUUACCUGCUUUCCAGAAAACCAAACCGCAAGACAAACACCAGCUUCAUGUUGCAGCUAAGCAGUGCCCUGGCAUUUUUGCACAAAAAUCAAAUUAUCCACAGAGACUUAAAGCCAGACAAUAUUCUGAUCUCACAAAGCAGGACUCCCACAGGGGUACCUGAGCCCACUUUAAAAGUUGCUGAUUUUGGACUGAGCAAGGUUUGUUCGGCUUCUGGCUUAAAUCCUGAGGAGCCCGUCAGUGUCAAUAAAUGUUUCCUUUCGACUGCUUGCGGCACAGAUUUCUAUAUGGCUCCUGAAGUAUGGGAGGGACACUACACUGCCAAAGCAGAUAUUUUUGCCCUUGGGAUCAUAAUUUGGGCCAUGCUGGAGAGGAUUACUUUCAUUGAUACAGAGACCAAGAAGGAAUUGUUAGGGAGCUAUGUAAAACAGGGAACUGAGAUUGUGCCUGUUGGGGAGGCGCUUUUGGAAAACCCCAAAAUGGAGCUACACAUACCUGUGAAGAAGAAAAGCAUGAAUGCUAGCAUGAAACAGUUAAUUAAAGAGAUGCUGGCUGCAAACCCCCAAGAAAGGCCAGAUGCUUUUGAACUGGAGUUGAGACUAGUAAAAAUUGCAUGCAAAGAAUGUAACUGGGAUACGUGAUAUCCAAGAAAUACAGAAACUUGUACACACAACCAUUGAUUCAUUUUCUUUGGAUUUUCUAUGGAAUGCAGAUGGCCGAAGUGUCAACAUGCAUAUGGGAACAACAAAAUCGGGUCUCGAAUUGCCAUCUUAUUGUAUUGGCUCACAUAAUUUAACUUCUUUUGUUUCUUGAGUUGGGCUUAUUUAAAAAGGACAAGUUUUCAUUCAGAUUCAAUGCUAAAAGAUAUUGCAGCAAAUUUGAAAAACUUUGCUACCCUAUUAACUGUGAGGACCAAACAAAAUAGAAUUUGCAUGCUGGAAGUGCAGAUAAAUCUACCAUUUACAAUAAAAGCGCAUAAGCACAUGCCAUCGACAACAUACCUUAACAACUACACUCUCAAAUCUGCCUAAUCCAGUUCAGGGUUGCAGAGGGCUGAAGCUAUCCUGGUAACAUCAGGUAGAAGGAAGGAAUCAGCCUGUCACAGGGUUCCAAUCCAUCAAAGGACCCACUCACACACACACAAAAUUUAGAGUAGCCAAUUAACCUAAGCAGCUUGUUUUUGGAAAUGUGGAAUGAAAGCCUACACAGACUGGGAGGGGAACUUGUAAACUCCAACCAGUUGGCAUUCCAUCACCUGAGGACGGUGGCACUAAACGCUCCACGACUGUGCAACUAAGCUCUACUGUAGGAAUCGCUAAAUAAAGUACAAUUAACAGCCAUGCUAUCAUUUCACAUCUUACUUUGUACUUGUUAAAGUUGUAAUUUAAUGUACAUUGCACAUAAAGCUGUAGAAUACAUUCUGAACAGUAAGUGGUCAUCUUUCUAAAAUUGGAAAGUACAUUUCUUAAUUUCAAUGAAGCUAUCACAGCUUGAAAAAGAACAAUGUCCAUAAUCCACACUCAUAAGUGUUUGUUUGGAAGGCAGAUGUUAUUCACCCCAAUGAUUUUUUCUUUUUUGGGGCACUGGCUUUUAAGUGCCAUUUUUACUUGUGCAGUUAGUGAUAUGAAAAUUGAUAGUAUUGCGAUAAAUGAAUCACAGAAACAUUGACAUCUGAUUAAACUACUCCAUUAUCAUAACUCGGGCAGAUUAUGAGGGUCUACAGCCGUGUUGUCAAUAAUGUCUACCCAUAUUUGUUCACAAACCUGAACAGUAUGACUGCUGCCAAAUACAUGAACAUUGUUUUUAAAUUUGGAUGGGAACAAAAAUGAAAAUGUGAAUGCUGUGAACCGAUAUGGGAUGGGAGAAGGUCACCAUCUUGUUUUACUUUCAUUAUUUAUUUGAACACUAAAUGAACUGCCAUGAAAUUAACUGGAAAAUGUGAUAUUCACUAGAAAGCUGCCUUUCACUUUGAAGUGUUUUAAUCAUGCUGCAUAACAAAUAUUUUUUUCCACCUUUAAUGAAAGGAGCAAGAUUUAUUGCUUUGUUUCUCCUUCUGCUUAAAUACCUUUUUGUUUAAGAUUGAACAUACCAGGCAGCAGGAAAGCUGCUAGUGUAUAUAUGGUGCCACUGUUUCUUUUGUUUUACCGAAAGAUGGUAUUAAAUUAUAAACAGAAAAAUAUUUAUUCUUUGCAAAAACAGCCUUAUGGCCUUACAGGAGUAUUUGAGAUGUAGCAUUUCUCAGUACUCUGCAUUUUGUUAUUUAAUAUUGUCAGUCUGU